AUGAAGCUCACAUACUUAAAUAUAUUAUCAUGUUAUAUUAUAUUAAAUAUAUUGUUAUUAUCAUCACAAAUAAAUAUACAAUGGAACCUUUAUAAUACAACUCAAAUACAAAAGACUAAACUAACGAUUACAAACACUAGGUUAUUAUGCGAAUGUGAUUUAUAUACACCUUCCAACUAUGACGACGACCAAGAGAUGAAAGAACUAAUGCAACAAUUUGAAGAUCGUACAUCACAAAGAUUUCAUAAAUAUGAAGAAAGGAUGAAAACUACACGCCAAAAAUGUAGAGAACAGUGCGAUAAAGAUAUUAAAAAAAUUAUUUUAAAUUAUAAAAUCGAAAAGGAAUUAUCACAAAAGUUAGUAACAUUGGAAACAAACAUAGACACCACUGAUAUAUCCACAUGUGUUUGCGAAAAAUCAUUAUCAGAUAAAUUGGAAAAAACAUGUUUGAGAUGUGGAGGUGUAUUCGGUGGUGGUGUGAUGCCUGGAUUUGGUGCGAUAGGAGGAACGGCUUUAUAUGCUUUAAACCAGUUGAAACCUACGGCGAUUGCUACUGCUAUUGAAGAAGCUAUAAAAGCAGGUGCUUCUAAUAUUUCGGCUGCGGCUUUUAAAGCAAGUGAGGCUGCGGGUCUUGCUAAAGUAAUUACAGAAUUAAAAGCAUUGAGUGUAGAAAAAUUAAUUCCUGGAAUAUUAAAUUCCAUUUUUAGUGAAACGCAUUAUACUAAUGCCACAAAGAUUGCUGAAAUUAUUCUUACAAAAAAAUCUGUGACCUGUGGAUUGUCGUCCCCUGGUAAUCCUAUAUGCCAUGAAUUUGGUAUUAAUUUUAAUAUAAUUGACCCUGGUAAUGGAUUUUUUUUUCCAGACAAAACGGGUAUAACACAAAAGGUAACCGAAGUUGUUGAAGGAGCCAAAGGGGCUGCUGCUAAUGCCUCUAAAGUUGCUAGUGAAAGAGUUACUGCUGCAAUAAAAGCUCAUGAGACCAAUGUGAUAAAUGCUACAUAUGCUGGUUACGAAAUUACUAUUAUUGCUUCGAUUAUUGCAAUAUUGAUAAUAGUUUUAAUUAUGGUGAUAAUAUAUUUAAUUUUACGUUAUCAACGAAAAAAAAAAAUGAAGAAAAAACUGCAAUAUAUAAAAUUAUUAAAAGAAUAG